UUCAUAGAACCAAACAGUGGAUAUUUUUUCUGAUAUUUGAAAUUCCCUUAAUGUCCUAGAUCUAUUUAAAAAAACCCUAGAUCUAUGAAGGAGGUGAAAGGUGGAACUUGCGACUACUCUCAACCAUCCCCAAAGGGUUUUGCAUACAUCCACUAAAUCAAACCUGUAACUCAAUUACUAGCAGUUUGGAUUUAUAAUUUUGUUUUUCUUUUUGAUAACUGAAUUGGACUCCCACAAUUCAGCCAAACAUGCCACUAGGGUUACGGGUCAGACUUCUCACUUCUCUGACAUGAACAUUGCAGUCUUGUGGGUCCCAAUGGUCCAUUAUUUUUCACCACCCCCAUCAAUUGUCUAGUACUUUGUUUUCUGUAUGUGCUGGUUUUGUUUUGGGAGUCAAUUGUCUGGUAGAAUCAAAACCAACCUUUUAUUUUAGUUACAUGGAUUUUGGAAGCUCGCAAGGAGAUUAGGGUUCAGGGCUCCUGUACAUCUACUCUUGGUAGUUACAAGUACUGUAAGUUGAAUGCUUGGAUAUAUGGUAAUAGUGCAAACUUGAUUUUUUUGUUGAAGGACCAAGAGAAGGUGCCAAUUAGUUAUAGCUGAAACCUGAACAGUUUGGUUUCAGUUAUCGACUGUCAGUUAGAGACUUGCGGUCGCUACCUUUGUUAAGCGAAAAAUGUGUGUAGUUCUGGAGCCUGAAGAUGUUCCGUUGAACUUCAAAUUUGGUGCACAAGAAAGCAAACAUGUUGAGAUGAAUAAUGUAGCCUCGAAAAUCAAAGAAGAAUCUAGAGAGACUGUUGAUUCGAGUUCAUCGUCUUGUGAGAAGGAUGAAUUAUGUUCGGACAUGCUAAUGUGGUUAAGGACUGUUGCACUUGAUCCUUGCAAGCAAAGACAACCACUGGUGAAACUUAGGAGCAGACAGAUACUUAAAGCGCGAGAAUAUCUCUCUGUGGACACUACUAAAUUUUCUUGGAAGAAACGGAAACUUAUACUGCUACAAAAAAAUAGUGCAGUUACCUCUUCCCCUCCUCUAGCAAAACCAAAUGAGCAAAGUUAUUUUGCUUCUUCAGUUUCACGUUUAAUCAAUAGCUCUGACUCCCCUGAAAGCUCUCAGCGAUGUCAUCGCAAGCCUCCCAUCUCAGUUGGGUCAUCGAGAUAUCGUGAAAGUCUCUCAAGGAAACAGGUCUCUAAUAAUCAUUUUUACGAAUCUGAUGGUUCAACUAGUGUUGCAUCUACUGCAAUAAAACCAAACUUACAGAGCAGACACAGAGUGACCAAGUUACUGAAGCCGAUCAACAAUCUUCCAGUGAAGCGGGUGCGUAUGCUUCAAGCUAAGAUAACCAACAAAAACAUUCCACCUUUGUCCAACUCCAAUGGUUUAUUAGAUAAUUCAAGUAGGUAUAGUGGAAAUGAUUUAGUAGAAAAUUCAUGUACGUUGAAUGAUAAUCAAAUGGAGCACAGGACAGCUCGUAGAUCACCCAGGUUACAGAACUUCAUUGGCGAUUAUCUUCCAAGACUUGCAAUUCCAGUUGGCCCACGUUUUCAGGCUGACAUUCCUGAUUGGAUUGGGGCGAGGGAAAGUGAUAAUUCCUCCACUGACAAUCAAAGUGAUUCAAGGUAUGUGGGUACCAAGAUAUGGCCAGUUGAAGGCAAAACCACAGAAGAUAGUACAGAAAAAAGGAUAGGAAAGGGGAGAUCCUACACAUGCUCCUGCAAGUUUAUGGGAUCUAUAAGUUGCAUCAAGCUCCACAUAUUUGAGAAAGGAUGCCAGCUACGAGCUGAUCUAGGAUCUGUAUUCUUUACUUGGAAAUUUGAUGAAAUGGGUGACGAAGUUUCUAAGUCAUGGACCGCAGUGGAACAACAAUGUUUUGAAUCUCUUGUGAAGACGAGUCGUAUAACCCAGACCGAUAGUUUCUUGGUAUCUGCAUUGAAGCAAUUAUCUGGAAAAUGCAGAAAAAGUAUAGUCAGUUACUACUUUAAUGUGUAUAUUCUUAGACACAUGAGCAAACAUGCCAGAUUAGGCACUGAACUUGUAGAUAGUGACGAUGACAACGACGACAGUGAUGAUGCUUUCGGGAUGGAGAGCAGUCCCAAAUGCAGAAACACCAAAUACUUGAGUCAAGGCCGUUGAGAUAACUGCACCUGCUCUCUGCUUUGCACUCUCUGAUACACCGAAGCGAGGUUGGUAGCUUCUACUCUGUUGUCUUGUCUCCUUAUAUUUUUUUAUUUUCAGAUAUAAACAAUUAGUAGGUAGUUUAGCUGUACAUGUGAGCCCAAAAUCUUUUUUUCGAGCUACUUGGUCUGUUUCCUUGUGUUACACCCAAGCUUUUUUUGUAUGCUUAAAGACUAAGGGCUAGAAAACUUUUUUGUUACCUAAAGAAAGUAAA